AUGGGCCUCUGGGCCGGGUGGCCGUCGUGGGCGCUGACUAAGCGGCCGGAAGCCGACACGCCGGCCGAGUGGCUGAGCCGGGACGACCACUCGUGGGCCGUGGCGUCGUUCGAUCUGGCCAACCUUGUGAGCGCGUGGCCGGCCAGUCUGCUCGCCGAACGCGCCGGCCGGAAGGGGUGUCUGCUGACCGUCGGCGCGGGCCUGGUCGCGUCGUUCGCGGUGCUGUACGCGCCGAGCCGCUGGGCCGUGUUCGCGGGCCGGUCGCUGGCCGGCGUCUGCAAGUCUGUGGCGUACGCCUCGGUGCCGGGCUUCAUGGCCGAAAUAUCGGCGGACCGGGCGCGCGGCCGGUUCAACUUGGUAGUGGUGCUGUCCGACUCGCUGGGCAUGCUCGUCGCCCUGUCCGUGGGCCCGCGGGUCAGGUACGCCGUCAUGAACGGGCUGUCGUUGGCCGUCGGUCUGGCGUUCCUGGUGGCCGUCGUCCGCGUGCCCGAAACGCCGCACUACCUGCUGUCCAAAAGCCGGCUGGACGACGCGAGGUCGGCGCUCCGCUGGUACCGGCCGCGGUCGACGACCGUCGACAACAACCGCCGACUCAACCAGAUAACGUUGGCCGUGCGGGACGACAUGCGCGAGCCCGGCACGUACCGCGAGCUGUUCACCGACGACGGCAACCGGGUCGCGGUGCUGCUGGUAGCCGGCGCGUGUUUCGCGCAGCGCGCCGGCGGCGUCGGCUGCGUGCUGGCCUACUCGACCACCACGAUGCCGGCCAACGGUCCGGUCCAUCCCGGCGACGUGGCCGUCGUGUUCGCCGUCGUCCGGCUGGCGUGCUCCGUGGCCGCGGUGCCGCUCAUCGACGUCUACGGCCGCCGGCCACUGCUGAUCGGCUCACACCUGGCGCUGGCCGCCGUGACGGCCGCGUACGCGCUCUGCUUGUUGUACGUCGACGACCGGCCCGACAACUGGGGCCCGUCCGUGUGCGUCGUCCUGUUCUCGGUGGCCUACUCGAUGGGCGCCGGUAUCGUGCCCGGCGCGCUUGUCGGCGAGAUGUUCCCGGCCAACGUCAAGUCGCGCGCCGUCACCGUGGUGGCCGUCGUCUCGUCGCUGGGCUCGUUCGUCAUCAACAAAGCGUACCUGCCCGUCAGCGACGCGUUCGGCGUGUACGUCAUGUUCUUCGUGUUCUGCGCAGUCAACGCCACGUGGACAGUCCUCGCGUACCAGUUCCUGUUCGAGACCAAAGGCAUGUCCCUGUCCGCCAUCCAAGACCACCUGGACGACUACAACUCUUCGUCGUCCGAAGACGAAGACGGCAACAAACUGCCGUUGGGUUAG